AUGUUGCCUCCUCUGCCGCCAGUCGCUGCGCCUGUAGACAAACGAACCGAUCCGCUUGAAGACAACCAAGACUCGCCACUCGCCAGAGACAGAGACCCGCUCGUACCAGACGAAGCACUCCACAAGGACACGUCGCCACUCGUCUUGCUCGUACUGGUCGUGCCAGAUGCAGCGCCGCUACCCACACUGAUAGACCCACCGGUCAGCGCACCUUGGCCACCUACCAGCUCGAUCAAGCCACCAGUAGACCCUGCCGUCGUCGAAGAACUCAGUCCGGCCGUGAUCGACACCUGGCCGCCACUGCCCGCAGAGCCGUCUCCCACGUUCACCAACACGGAGCCGCCAUUGCCGCCCGUGCUCGCGCCACUAUUCAGCAGUAGGUUCCCGGAAGACCCGGCAGUCGCGCUACCACUACUGAAGCUCAACACGCCAGAUUGGCCAGACGUGCCGCCCGUAGCCGUACUCAGCGAAAUCGAGCCGCUCGUGCUUCCCACGCUGCGGCCACUCAACACACUCACCGAGCCUCCCGUCCCACUCGUCGUGGACGUCGGAGCCGUCGUGUCGCCCGCCGUCAUCCAGAGAGCGCCACCCGACAACGUGUCGCCACCGCCCACAGACAAAGAGAUCGACCCGCCCGUCCGGAGUCGUCAGCGAGAUGUCACCGCUAGAUGA